GCGUUUUCUGAACGGAACAGUAAUGGGACGCACCGCAAACACUUCCUAAUAACACAGCUCGAUCAUUCAUUACAUUUAAAACGAACCAAAACAUUUCACUUUUCAUGUAGUUUUGACAUAUGGCUUCAACCAUGAUUCCGUACACUGUCAAUAUUAAACUGGCCGCAAGAACACUUACGGGAACCGUUAAUUUACAGAACAAGACAGCAGUGGACUGGGGAUGGCAGGGUCUGAUCGCUCAAGGCUGUCACUCCAGUAUCCUCAUCAUUGACCCAAAUACAGCCCAGACCAUUCAGGUCCUGGAGAGACACAAAGCCAAUGUGGUCAAGGUAAAAUGGUCCAGAGAAAACUACCACCACAGUCUCAGCUCACCCUACUCUCUGCGGCUGGCAUCUGCAGAUGCGGCAGGGAAGAUCAUUGUGUGGGAUGUGGUGAGUGGUGUGGCACACUGUGAGAUCCAGGAACACACCAAACCUAUUCAGGAUAUGGACUGGCUGUGGGCUCAGGAUGCCUCACGCGAUCUUCUUCUGGCUGUCCACCCUCCCAACUAUAUUGUUCUGUGGAACGGAGACACUGGCACCAAGCUGUGGAAGAAGAGCUAUGCUGAGAACAUACUGUCUUUCUCCUUUGACCCCUUUGAGCCCUCCAAUCUGGCAUUGCUGACCAGUGAGGGUAUAGUGUUCAUCACAGAUUUCUCUCACGCUAAACCACCGGGCAGUGGAGGCAAGAAGGUUUAUAUCGCCAGUCCUCAUUCCAGCCCGGCCCAUAGCAAACCUGCUGCGGCUCAACCCACCGGUGCCAAAAAAGCCCUCAAUAAGGUCAAAGUGCUCAUCACCAAUGAGAAACCCACGGCUGAAGCAGUGACUCUUAAUGACUGUCUCCAGCUGUCAUAUCUGCCAUCCAAGAGGAACCACAUGCUGCUGUUGUACCCCAGAGAAAUCCUCAUCCUAGACUUGGAGCUCAGUCAAACCGUCGGAGUGGUCGCCAUCGAGCGCUCCGGAGUGCCUUUUAUACAGGUGAUUCCUUGUGCCCAGAGAGAUGCUCUCUACUGCCUCCACGAGAACGGUUGCGUCACCCUGCGUGUGUGUCGCUCCACAACACCUUCUCCUAAUGAAUCAGUGACUGACCCAGAGCAGAAUGUCCAAGAGUUGGUAUACGAUCUCCGCUCCCAGUGUGACGCUAUCCGUGUGACUAAGACUGUGCGGCCCUACCGAGUGGUGAUCUGCCCUGUCAAUGAGAACAGUGCCGCCCUGGUGGUCAGUGACGGAAGGGUGAUGCUGUGGGAGCUCAAAGCUCAUGCCAGUAAAUCUUCAUCCAACCUGAGUUCUGGCUUGCCUCCUUUGUAUUCUCCCGUGAAUUUCUGUGGAACACCUUUACGUCAGAAUCAAAAAUGCAUCCCGGAUCUUUCUCUGAAUACAAUGAUUGGUCACAGUCUGAUUUCUGGAGUGGACUCCCCGCGACCCCUGGCAGAUCAACAGGAAGUACAUCUGAAGUUCCUGUUGACGGGGCUGUUGUCUGGCCUGCCCUUGCCCCCCUUCUCCCUGCGGAUGUGUCCUCCACUCACCACCAAGAACAUCAACCACUACCAGCCCUUACUGGCCGUGGGUACAAGCAAUGGCUCUGUGCUGGUGUACAACUUGACCAGUGGCCUCCUGCACAAAGAGCUAAGUGUCCAUUCCUGUGAGGUCAGAGGAAUUGAAUGGGUUAGUUUGACUAGUUUUCUGUCCUUCGCUACCUCUGUUCCCAACAACCUUGGACUUGUGAGGAAUGAACUGCAGCAUGUGGACUUACGCACAGGGCGGUGCUUUGCAUUUCGAGGAGAGCGUGGGAAUGAUGAACCAGCCAUUGAAAUGAUUAAAGUGUCACAUCUGAAGCAGUACCUGGUGGUGGUGUUCAGAGAUAAACCGCUGGAGCUCUGGGAUGUCCGCACAGGAACAUUGCUACGCGAGAUGGCCAAGAACUUUCCUACCGUCACUGCCCUGGAGUGGUCUCCUUCGCAUAACCUUAAAAGCCUGAAGAAAAAGCAGCUUGCUGCGCGCGAGGCCAUGGCCAGACAGACCACCCUCGCUGAUGCGGAGCAGAGCAGUGUCGAGUCCUCGGUCAUCAGUAUGUUGCAGGACGCUGAGAGCAAGUCUGAAACGGGCCAGGGCAUAUCGGCUCGAGAACACUUUGUGUUUACUGACACAGACGGCCAGGUCUAUCACAUCACCGUGGAAGGCAACAGCGUGAAGGAUGGCGCACGUAUUCCACCUGAUGGCAGUAUGGGGAGUAUUGCCUGUAUUGCAUGGAAAGGAGACACUCUAGUUCUGGGAGAUGUAGAUGGAAACCUCAAUUUUUGGGACCUAAAGGCCCGUCUUUCAAGGGGUGUACCUACACAUCGCGGCUGGGUGAAGAAGAUUCGUUUUGCUCCAGGGAAAGGCAACCAAAAACUUUUAGUGAUGUACACAGACGGAGCUGAGGUCUGGGAUACCAAAGAGGUGCAGAUGGUGAGCAGCAUCAGAGUGGGGCGUAACGUGAGUUACAGGAUUCUGGAUAUCGACUGGUGCACGUCAGAUAAAGUGGUGCUGGCAUCAGAUGAUGGCUGUGUGAGAGUGCUGGAGAUGGCCAUGAAGUCUGCCAGUUACAGAAUGGAUGAGCAGGACCUGACAGAUCCAGUGUGGUGUCCCUAUCUUCUGCUGCCACGUGCUGCUCUCACGCUGAAGGCCUUUCUGCUGCUGCAGCCGUGGUGCGACACAUUCACCAUGGACAUCUCUCAAAUAGACUACAUAGAAAAAGAUGAAAUCAAGGGACUGAUCCAGGAACAGCUCAACUCUCUUUCUAAUGACAUCAAAAGCGUUCUCCAGGACCCAAAUCUGAACUUGCUGCAACGCUGCCUCCUAGUGUCUCGGCUGUUUGGUGAUGAAUCAGACCUUCAGUUCUGGACGGUGGCUGCUCAUUACAUCCAGUCCUUUUCUCAGAGCUGCCAGCCCAGCGGAUCUGUCCCAGAAGGCCAAGCGGCAGCUGAGGGCCCCCAGAGCACCCCUGGGAGCCACCUGGACAUCUGCCAUGACACCCUCUGUGAAAGCUCCUUCUUCCAGAGGUUUCAGCUGGAGCGAGUUCGUCUACAAGAAGUGAAAAGGUCCAGCUACGAACACACCAAAAAGUGUGCUGACCAACUGCUGCUGCUGGGACAGACGGACCGUGCGGUGCAGUUGCUUUUGGAGACCAGUGCAGAUAACUCCAGUUACUACUGUGACUCUCUCAAAGCCUGUCUGGUGACCACCAUCACCUCGUCUGGCCCGUCUCAGAGCACAAUUAAACUGGUGGCCACAAACAUGAUCGCCAAUGGCAAGCUGGCAGAGGGUGUGCAGUUGCUCUGCCUGAUUGACAAAGCGGCGGAUGCUUGUCGUUAUCUGCAGACAUAUGGAGAGUGGAACCGCGCCGCAUGGCUGGCCAAGGUGCGUCUGAACCCAGCAGAAGGGUCAGAUGUGCUGAAGCGCUGGGCAGAGCAUCUGUGUUCUCCUCAGGUUAAUCUGAAGUCAAAGGCCAUCCUGGUCCUGCUCUCAUUAGGAUGCUUUCAGAAAGUGGGCGAGAUGCUCCACAGCAUGAGAUAUUUCGACCGUGCUGCACUGUUUCUCGAAGCCUGCUUGAAAUAUGGUGUGAUGGAGACAAAUGACGACGUUAAUAAGCUAAUAGGUGCUGCCUUUGUGGACUACGCUAAGCUGCUUCGCUCCAUCGGGCUGAAACAGGGCGCUGUGCUUUGGGCGUCUCGGGCUGGAGAGAGAGGGAAGGAGCUGCUGGAUGAGCUUUCCCAAACAGAGGGAAUGGGACCAGAGCCCAGUCCCAGUGAAGAGGAGGAGAAGGACAGACCUCUUCUCAACAUAGAAUGAGAGAGGAUAUGUGAUGAAAACCAUAAAAAUCAAUAUGCAGUAUCUUCAAAUCUCGUCCUUAUAACACCCAUAAGCAUGCAAGUAGUCAACAAACACAAACACGCAUCUUUCCAUGUAGUUUCAAACGGUUUCGUAGUUGUCUUUAGAGCCUCUGCGCUGGUUGUGAGGUGUGUUGUGUCCGGAAACAUUCCCUUAACACACGUUAUCCUGCUGUAAUGUGUUCCAAACCUGUUCUUGCACUUAUUAUAUUGACCAAAAUAUAUAUUUUCAUGGUGAUUUAAAACAAACCAAAAUAAAA